CCAGCCAGCUAGCCGCCCAGCCGCCAGUCGCCAGGCAGCAUCGGUGGCGUCAGCUCGCGUCAGCUACGUAGUAGAUAAACAAGGAGGGUGUACGGCGGAUGUAGUGAACCCCGUGGAGAAGAAAGUGAUUACGAGUCUUGACGCAAUAGCCGCUUCUGAAGGCAAGACAUUUCUGUUUCUGCGCGGAAAAAGGAUCAUGAGACAACUUUAACUCCGGAGUACCCCCUGCGUGUCCUGAUGCUUGUUACGGGGAGCGACGACGCUAGUGACGGCCUCGAAGACGUGCGCUACCUCUUCGAAGCCUGUCACCUUGGCAGCAAGAAUGAUCCACACGCAGACGGUCACAGCUGUCGCGGCACUUCUUUCGACGAGGGCUACGCGUCCUCUUCCUCUAAGGAGGACGACUCGGACCCAACGGGCCUGGUCACCGGCCUCUCGACAGUCUGCAUCGACGAUGCCGCCGUGCUGCGCCGCGGGCCCACCCGGACGAGAGACGAUCGCCCGCGCCUCCAGCCAUACGGCCACCAGCAGGAAUAUCACGACGAGCGAUGGCGGGAAGAGUGGUUGGGCGCGCGCUUGGUCCUCCCGCCGUCGCCGCCAAAGCCCGACUCGGGGGCACCGAGCGCGGGCAGCGGGGGCAUUCGGGAUUGGCCCCAGGGUAGUCCUCUGUCUCAACCGUCUCCCGUGGAGCCGCUGUCAGUAGACUCGAACGUCUCUUCGUCGCCUCCGUUAGAAGUAUUCGCGUUGGGCUGUAGCCCAGGGAGCUUCGACCAGAGGGAUGCGCUGGCCUCGAGUGUGUUGCCCCCCAGCAACCUCAACGCACUCAGCCGCGAUGGACUCGCGCUCAUGGGCGACAUACAAGCUUGUCAGCCGCACCAGGAGCUUGUGGACGACCUGGGAGCCCUUCUGCUGGCGGAGCCCGCUCAGCCGGACGGCGUGGACAGCAUCAAACGGUACUUGAUGGACGAGGCGCCACUCGCGCCUGGGCUGCCCGAGUUGGAUAUCGAGGACGUGCUGAGCCUGUUGCCGCCCAUUCCGAUCCCCAAGGAGCAAAGGGCGCAGCCCCCAAUGGCUCCACCUCUGGCACAGGAAUCGAGGGCACCCCCUGAGGGGACGCAGGCCGUCCAAGCGAACUCGAGGAGGUAUCUGCCGAUCCUGCCCAAAGAUCCCAACACCAGCCCUCGUGGAGAUGACACUGCGCCGGCGCCUGCCACCUGCCAGAGGCAGUCGCGUGUCGAGAAGGACGCACUGCGGGCCGAACUGAACGUGCUGUCCCUGAACAAGGCCACGGUGCUCGUGCGCCUGCUUCGCAAAGAGGGACGGCUGCGUAACAGGAGCCCCGUCAGAGGAUCGACGUAUCUGCACCAUGCUGUAAUCGAAGACGACAAGGCGCUCCUUCUCCGGCUGGUGGAAUCCUUGAGCAAGCAGCCCGAAGAGGGACUACACCUAGACGUGCAGAACUCCAGAGGCCAUACGCCGUUGCACCUCGCUUGUGUGAAGGGGGACCCCAUCCUAGUAGGCUUCCUAUGUGAGGCCGGAGCCAGGACUGACAUUGAAUGCCUCAAGCAACGGCGACCGCUCCACUUGGCCGCAAAGCACGGUGACCUUCCCUGUGUCGCCAAGCUACUGCAAGUUGCAGAGCUAGGCCUGGAUGCACAAGACUACAAAGGCCGCACUGCCCUCCACUGGGCGGUGCUCGUGCACAAUUGCCUCAAGGUGGGACCCAGUGGCAACCAGAUCAUCGACACAAUCCCGAUGGUCAGGGAGCUCAUCUCCCACGGUGCCAGCCCUCUCAUCAAGGAUGUUGCUGGAGAAACUGCUCUGCACUAUGCAGUUACCAAGAAGAGGAUUGAUAUGGUGGAGACACUGUUGGACUACGGUCCGAGCGCGGGGCCCCUGCUGGGCGUGUGCGACCGGCACGGGCAGACGGCGCUGCAUGCAGCCUGCAGGCUGGAGGUGGAAGAGCACCUCCAAGUAGAGCUGGUGCGGCAGCUGGUGCUCAAUGGGGCCUGCCCCCAGGCCAGGGAUGCCCAGGGCCUCACGCCCUGCGACCUGCUGCCCCCGCACAGGGCACAGGUGCGCCGCUGGCUGUCCACUCCAGUGACCUCGUAACCAUCCGAGGGCGAAGGCACCGCCCAACGCAUGUUGGUGUAGGUACAAGAAACCGGUGUUUUCUGAUCCUAAACAAGCCCAGCACCCUCCUUCCUGGCUAUGCUUGUAAAGUGUACUAGGAAGGUUCUCAUCACUGCUGUCUGGGUAGCCAUACUUAUAGUCUGGAAGUUAGAGCACUGAAGCAACGUUUUAGGUACUUUAAACAUGUCAGAUCUGCUGUGAUGUGCCCAUAUAAGCACAAUUUGUGGACAUUUGUUGGCUUUGUGGAAGGUGGCCUGUAAUGAACUGUUGAACCUUAUGACACUCAGGUGGAGGUGGAGAAAUGGUACUAGAGGAAGGAAAGGUCCUUUUCUCCUAACAAUUCUUGCGCUAUUUGCAGAAACAUUAGUGGUACAAGCUUUCUUCCUUUAUUGGUUUUUGCGUUUUUAGUUGCACUGCCACUUUUCACAAUAUAAACCUUUGUUUAUUGUGCUUAUAUAUGUUUAUCACAUAACGUUUGAUUCCGUUCAGGUGCCUAAAUGGAUACUUUAGUGCCGAUAUGGCAGUUGCUCUGUAGUUGUGGCAUUUUUGAGCUACUCGUACUUAAUGGGAACCAUGAAACCGCUUUAGAAAGUGCUGCUGCUGGCUUUGAUAACCCGUGCAGGUCACAUGGUGUCAGAGAAAAAUUGUGGCUUCAGAAGGGUUACCCGCAUUUUAGUAAUAGAGAAUUCUGACGAUCGGGUAGAUGCCUCGACUAUCUCAGCUUAAGCCUGUUACAGCCUCAAAUAACCGUCAAAUCAGGACCAUCUUUGUGCGCUUGUUAGGGCACUGCUCACCGCAGCGCUUCUUUCGAGCUCACUACCGUAAAAUCUCGUAAGAACGCCGACCCAAAAUGAAAGGAUAAAUGUGGAAAUAUAUGGGGUGGACAAUCUUUGGGGAUGCAACAGUAAAAGUUUAUAA